CUCUGUUCACGCUGAGGUCCCCUGGAGCCCGGAGUUCUCGCCCAGCCCAGGAAGCUAGUCCUUCUGCUUAGAGCAAUAAAUGUAGAUCUUCAAAGUGAUGCUGCCCUGCAAGUGGAUAUUUCUGAUGCUCUUAGUGAGAGGGAUAAAGUGAAAUUCACUGUUCAUACAAAGAGUUCAUUACCAAAUUUUAAACAAAAUGAAUUUUCUGUUGUUCGACAACAUGAGGAGUUUAUAUGGCUUCAUGAUUCCUUUGUUGAAAAUGAAGAUUAUGCAGGUUACAUUCUUUAUGAAAUGAAACAACUUAAAACUGAGUAGCUACCCAUUCCUGAAUGACACCAUUCCAGAUCCCACCAGCACCACCAAGACCUGAUUUCGAUGCUUCAAGAGAAAAACUACAGAAACUUGGUGAAGGAGAAGGGUCAAUGACUAAAGAAGAAUUCACAAAGAUGAAACAAGAACUAGAAGCGGGUUGGAUAACACAGAAACCUUGGGUUUCUUCUACUGCCACCUCCAUCCUCUGCAUCCUUCUUUUUUGUCUUCACUGAAUGACUACCCUCACAGAGAUCAAACUUCUCCCAACAUUGAUCCUGCUGGUUUCCUGUGAGUAUUUGGCAAUAUUCAAGAAGACAGUUGCAAUGCAUGAAGUCUUCUUGUGUCGUGUUGCAGCACAUCCUAUUUUGAGAAAAGAUUUAAAUUUUCAUGUCUUCUUGGAAUAUAAUCAAGAUUUGAGUGUACGUGGAAAAAAUAAGAAAGAGAAACUUGAAGAUUUCUUUAAAAAUAUGGUUAAAUCAGCAGAUGGUGUCAUUGUUUCAGGGGUAAAGGAUGUAGAUGAUUUCUUUGAACAUGAACGGACAUUCCUUUUAGAAUAUCACAAUCGCGUUAAAGAUGCAUCUGCUAAAUCGGAUAGAAUGACAAGGUCCCAUAAAAGUGCUGCAGAUGAUUACAAUAGAAUUGGAUCUUCACUUUAUGCAUUAGGAACACAGGAUUCUACAGAGAUAUGCAAAUUUUUUCUUAAGGUUUCAGAAUUAUUUGAUAAGACACGGAAGAUAGAAGCACGAGUAUCUGCUGAUGAGGACCUCAAACUUUCUGACCUUUUAAAAUACUACUUAAGAGAAUCUCAAGCUGCUAAGGACCUCUUGUACAGAAGAUCUAGGUCACUAGUAGAUUAUGAAAAUGCUAAUAAGGCAUUGGAUAAAGCAAGAGCGAAAAAUAAAGAUGUUCUACAGGCUGAAACCUCUCAGCAAGUGUGUUGUCAGAAAUUUGAAAAGAUAUCAGAAUCUGCAAAACAAGAACUUAUUGACUUUAAGACAAGAAGAGUUGCAGCAUUCAGAAAAAAUUUAGUGGAACUGGCAGAACUGGAACUAAAACAUGCAAAGAAAACAGGAAUGGAAAACCAGCGAUCCACUGACCCAAGUUCCCGCCAAUAAUAAGAUCAAAACAAUGACUUGAGCGGAAUCUGAUUCCUGAAGCCUACUUUCUUUCUUCAGCCAAUCUUCUUCUUGAACUGACUUCCUUCUUGAAGGUCAACUCUUUCUUGAAGCCAUCUUCCUUCUUGGAGUUGACUUCUCUAGCCCCAGAAAUUCAGGGCCUUUUAUAUUGGCUUCUUGUCCCUUCCCCUUAUCACAAGGGCCAAUCAUAGCUUCCAAAUUGCCCAGCACUGCCCAGGGGGCAUUGUCUGUGGGAACUACUUCUAACCUUCUGAAGAGGUGAAUACUCAUCAAAAGAAAUGGAUGAGACAUUUAUCCUUCCCGGGGCAACUUAAGAGGGUUAGUAUGAACUCUGUGUGACACUGGGAUGGGAGCCAGGUUAAAGUGAUGUCAAGUGAUGCAGCCAACAACACCAGCAGUAGACCUUGGAGAUGGCUAAAACAGUUACAGCUUUGGGAUCUCCCAAUCUGUAGAUGGUAAUGGAAUUGGACAACUGGUUUGUUUUCAGGAGACCUUGAAGUAAUAUUGGGCACAGAACUGGGAGCUUUUUGGCCCAUAUACAGUUAUGAGUCAGUGUCAGGAUGGAGAGGAGUGAUUGUGAAUGGUUACAAGGGAAAAGGGUCACAGUUCCAUAGAAGAAAGGAACACUAGCUCUUAUAAGUGCAGGAUAUUAAGGGUCUUGGUCACAAUUCCUGGGCCCAAAGGAGUAGCACUAGCACUUGUGACUGCAGUGGGAAGCAAGGGGCCUUCCUGGAUGAAGAUCAGAGUACAGACCAAACCUCUUUCUGAAUCACACCACUUUGGAAGCAAUAAAAACUUGCAGACUCCCAUAAAUAACUGGAAACAGUAGCACACAAAAAGCUUGGGGCAAUGCCUCUUCACCCUCAGGUGAUUGAUCAGAGCCCAACUUUAACUUAAAGUUGAAAGUCAAGAAAUGGGCUGAGAAAAAUGAACAGAUAAAAAAAGAAUUUGACUUAAAAUCUACUGCAGUGGCAGAGAAAACCCAUAACUCGGAACUCAGAAGAAAAUAAGUGUGAAAACAUCUACAAGCCGAGCCUCAAAGAAAAAUUUCAGUUGGCCAUAAAGCCCAACAAGGAUUUCUGGAAGCAUUAAAGAAAAGAACUGUAGGAUAAAAAAUGGCAAAAGAAAUAAGAUUGAUGUAAGAAAAUGAUGAAAAUUAAUUAGCUUAGUAAGUCACACACAAUUCUAAAGAGAACAAUACCUUACAGGAUUGACCAAGUGGUAAAAGAGACCCAAAAAUUCACUAAUGAAAAGAACUUCACAAAAAGAAAAUUGGUCAAAUGGAACAAAAAUUAAUUGAGAUAAAAUUUCUUAAAAAUUAAAAUUAGGCAAGAGAACAUUAAUGAUGCUGAGACAUUUAAGAAACGAAGUCAAGAAAGUGAAAAAAGAUAGAAAAAUGUGAAUUAUCAGAAAAACAGUUGAUGUGGAAAAUAAGUUCAGCAGACAUAAUUUUAAAAUUAUUAGAAAAUCUGAAGACUGACCAAAAAAAGUGCAAACAUCACAUUUCAAGAAAUUAUGGAAACUGGCAGUGGUUUCUUAGAAUCAGAGGAUAAAAUAGAAAUGGAAAGAACUCACCCAUCUCCUUUUCAAAGAGAUCUCAAAAAUUUGAUGUCAAAAUUCCAGAGCUCCCAGAUCAAGGGAAAAUAAUCAAGAUUUAGCACCUUCCACAUUAAAGGAGUAAAGGGCUUAGAAUAUAUUUUAGAAGGCAGAGUAGCUAGGAUUAUGACAAACUAUAAUGAACCUAAUAAAAUUGAGUAUAAUCCUUAAGUAGAAAAAAUGGAUAUUUAGUGAAAUGGAGAACUUUCAAAUAUUCCUGAUGAAAAGGUAAGCUUAUGUUUGGAUGAGUUGAAAUAAAGUGAGGAAGCAGGAUGAAUUGAGAGACAGAGGAAAGUAGGAAAAAUGGGGCAAUUUUUUUUUAACAUAAAAGCUUUUAUAGGGAGAGAGGGGAUCUUGAAUUUCACCCUUAUUUGAAUUGG